AUGGAGCCUGCUACUUCCCUGCAGUCUUACCGGCUAGCCUACCUUCUCUUCUUCCUGGUCCUCAGCCUGUUUGGGCUGGUCUCAGCCCAGUUUACUGUCAUGGGACCAGCUGAGCCCAUCCUGGCCAUGGUAGGAGAAAAUACCACACUGCACUGCUGCCUGUCACCAGAGAGAAAUGCAGAAGACAUGGAGGUGCGGUGGUUUCGGCGGCAUUUCUCCCCUGCAGUGCUGGUGUACAAAGGCCGUCAAGAGAGAGCAGAGGAGCAGAUGGCGGCAUAUCAAGGAAGAACCACCUUCGUGAGCACAGACAUCAGCCAGGGAAGAGUGGCGCUCGUUGUCCACAAUGUCACAGCCUAUGACAAUGGCAUCUACGGCUGUUACUUCCAGCAAGGCAGGUCCUAUGAUCAGGCCAUCAUGAGGCUCCUGGUAGCAAGCCUGGGCUCUACGCCUCUCAUUAACAUGAAGACCCUUGAGGAUGGGAGCAUCUUGUUGGAGUGCACAUCUGAAGGGUGGUACCCAGAGCCCCAAGCUGUGUGGAGAGACCCCUACUAUGAAGUCGUGCCUGCCCUGGAGGAAGAGUAUACAGCUGACAGAGGAGGCCUCUUCACGGUCACCAUGAAUGUGAUCAUCAGAGACUGUUCUGUGAGGAACAUGACCUGCUCUGUUAACAACACCCUGCUCAACCAGGAGAUGGAGAGUGUGGUUUUCAUUCCAGAAUCCUUCGAGCCCAGCCUUCCUCUCUGGAUGGUGGCCAUGGCUGUUGCUCUGCCCGUUCUAAUGUUGAUUCUUCUGACGUCUGGAAGUAUCUUCCUUGUCAAGAAGCAACACAGGAAAAAAUUGAUCUUGUCCGCUGAGAAAGAAGUUGAAUAUGAAGAAAAAGAAGCUGCACGGCAACUUCAAGAAGAAUUGCGAUGGCGAAGGACCCUCUUACAUGCCGCUGAUGUGGUUCUGGAUCCAGAUACAGCUCAUCCGGAGCUCUUCCUGUCAGGUGACCAGAGAAGUGUGAGACGAGGUGCUUCUAGGCAGAGCGUGCCUGACAACCCUGAGAGAUUUGACUGCCGGCCCUGUGUCCUGGGCCGGGAGAGCUUCUCCUCAGGGAAGCAUUACUGGGAGGUGGAGGUGGAAAACGUUAUGGUGUGGACCAUUGGCGUUUGUAGAGACAAUGUUGAAAGGAAAGGGGAGGCCCUGUUGGCUCCUCAGAAUGGCUUCUGGACCCUGGAGAUGUUUGGAAACCAGUACAGAGCCCUGUCCUCCCCAGAAACUAUCAUACCUCUGAAAGAGCGUCUUCACCGAGUGGCCAUCUUCCUGGACUGUGAAGCUGGAGAUGUUUCUUUCUACAACAUGAGAGACAGAUCACACAUCUACACAUGUCCCCCUGUGGCCUUCGCUGGACCCCUGAGACCUUUCUUUAGGCUUGGCUCUGAUGACAGUGCCCUCGUCAUCUGCCCAGCAUUCACAGGGGCACAGGGAGUCACAAUACCUGAGGGUGGGUUGAUCCUAUAUAGGACAAAACCAGUUUCUCAGAGCCAUGGGAAAAAGCCAUAG